AUGGAAAAAUUCCGAGAGUGGAGGAAUGGGCCAGAUAUGCAUAAUGACCCUACGCCACAAGCUAGGAAUCUUUACUUGGGCAAAUGUUCUGCAGAAGCUAGGUAUAAAUCGAUGCCAACCGUUAUAGCAGCUCCCAGCUGCUUCUGUGGGCCACUGCAGGGCGUGAAUAGAGAGAUUCAAGACUCCCUUCUGAAAGCAGUCAAGCGAUCGCCACCACCCCCUCAGCAUCGUACUAAAAUUCGGCCAGAGCAGCUGGGAAUGAUCAUCAAAGUAGGGAGCACAGAUAGCGACCCAGAGGUCAUACAAGCAGCGGCAUUAGCCUUAAUUCAGUUUAAGGCCCUACUCAGAAUCAGCGAGGCCCAAGCCCUGCGCGUACCAGAUGUCAAAAGCACUCAUAACGAUGUAUGGCACGUUAGCAUCCCAAAAUCCAAGACAGAUCAGCAUGCCAAGGGGACAGUCGUCGCCAUACGCUUUAAUGCCCAAGAGCGCGCUUUAUUGAAUAAGUAUCUUUCGACCCUGGGAAAUGCGACAUUUCUUUUUCAGUCAGGGUCCACGGGGCUCCCACUGGCACUUUCAACCCUAAGGGACGGGCUUAGGCAUAUUUCAAGCAAGGCCAACCUUCAGUGGUUCAAUAUAACAUCGCACUCUUUCAGAGGGGGUGCAGCCACGCAAGCGCUCAGCAUGAUAGCUCAUCAAAUGGAUGUUAUGCAAGCUGGACGUUGGAAGACACUAGGAGGAUUUCAGAAUCGCGUAUACAUAUCGCGCCCAAGUUUUUAA